AUGUUGUCGGCGGAAGAGAUCCUUUGCAGCACGCAGCAGGUGAUCGCUGGCCUGGAGGCGCUCCGAGGAGAGAAUCACAGCCUGCUGGAGAGCCUGCAAGCGCACGGCCGGGGUGCUGAAAUGCCCGUCGAGACCGGAGGCGGAAGCGUGGAGCUGGAGAAGAGCGGCAUUAUACGUCAGUCGCUGGAAAGGAUCGAGCUGGGCCUCAGCGAAGCACAGGUGAUGAUGGCGCUGUCGGCUCAUUUGGGUUCUCUCGAGGCCGAGAAACAGAAGCUGCGGGCUCAGGUGCGCCGCCUGUGUCAGGAGAACCAGUGGCUGCGUGACGAGCUCGCGGGCGCCCAGCAGAGACUGCAGGAGCGUGAGCAGGACAUGGUCACGCUGGAGGAGCAAAACAGACAUCUCCAAUUCAUGGCCUCCAUCCGCAAGUACGACCAGGAGGAGCCACCUCCACCGCCGGAUGACAAGAACAUAUCAUCCAACAAAGAAUCUCUGGAUGACCUUUUCCCUGCUGAGGACGAGGAAUCGUCACAAAUGUCGACGUCGCAGCACCACCACAGCAGCGCGGUGGCGGCAGCCCAGCAGGGAGGGUACGAGAUUCCCGCUCGCCUCCGGACCCUCCACAACCUUGUUAUCCAGUACGCUUCCCAAGGACGAUACGAGGUGGCCGUGCCUCUCUGUAAACAGGCCUUGGAAGACUUGGAAAAGUCGUCGGGCCACACCCACCCUGAUGUGGCCACCAUGUUAAACAUUUUGGCACUGGUCUACAGAGACCAAAAUAAAUACAAAGAAGCUGCCAACCUGCUUAAUGACGCGCUGGCCAUCAGGGAGAAAACACUGGGAGCGGACCACCCGGCUGUGGCCGCCACGCUCAACAACCUGGCAGUUCUUUACGGGAAGCGAGGCAAAUACACGGAGGCUGAGCCGCUGUGCAAGCGAGCGCUGCAGAUCCGAGAGAAGGUGCUGGGAACGGAGCACCCAGACGUGGCCAAGCAGCUCAAUAACUUGGCGCUGCUGUGCCAGAACCAGGGCAAGUACCAGGAAGUGGAGCGCUACUACGAGCGAGCCCUGCACAUCUACCAGAGCAAACUGGGACCCGACGACGCCAACGUGGCUAAGACCAAAAACAACCUGGCUUCCUGUUACCUCAAGCAGGGCAAGUACCGCCAAGCAGAAGCGCUAUACAAGGAGAUCCUCACCAGAGCGCACGAGAAGGAGUUUGGCUCCGUGGAAGGCGACGCCCGUCCCAGCUGGUCGGGCAGCGCCGAGCCACCCGGGAUACAUGAUGGCCCGCUGAGGCGAAGUGGCUCCUUCACCAAACUGCGCGAGUCCAUACGGCGGAGUAGCGAAAAGCUGGUGCGCAAGCUCAAAGGGGCCGGCGUGGAGGGCGACACCCCAAUGAAUGCUGGGAUGAAAAGAGCCAAUUCACUGAACAUGCUUAACGUCGGGGGACAAAGUCGGGACGGCGACCAGUCGCGCUACCUACUGGACCAUCGAGGACUCAGCUCCAGCACUCACAACCUGAACAGGCGAGGAUCGCUCGGGACCAGUUAG